AUGCCAUCGCUGAAUGGGGUAAAAGGCGGUACAGAAAAAUUAUAUCCUCCUGACUCUUCAUCACAACAAGAAGAGGAGGCAAGCACCGAACAACUAAAGAAGACCCUCGGCCCGAAUGAAGGUAUCAUUGAACGAGACAAGGAUGGAAACGUGAUAAACGUGAUAAUUGGUCGGACGCGUGAAGAGGAAGAGGAGGAGGUGUUUGAUAGAGAGGUGGAGCCGAUACCAGCUAAAACCGAUGUUGUUAGAGGCAUGUAUAUAAUCGUUAUUGACAUUAAAGAAACGGUUGAUUUUAUCUACUACGAAAUACCUAUGCUUUUUCCGGAUGUCGCCUUAGAAGCACAAGCAGCAAAUGGAUAUACACGUGAAACGCAUCAAGCAGACGGUGAACUAGUUUUUGUACGUGAAUGCAUAGCAAAAUACGGCGACAAUUAUGAAGCGAUGUUUCGCGAUAUAAAAUUGAACACGUAUCAGCAUACCGCUAAUCAAAUACGAAAAAAAUGUGAGAGAUAUUUGAAGUCGUUGUCCUCUUCUUCAUCAAUGUCAAUAUCUUAA